AUGAAAGUCGCUAUUGUUGCCGUUGGCGAUCUCGCUAGGUACUUUGUUGAAGAACUUCAAAAGAGCGGACAUGAAGUACUAGCUGUUUCCCGAACUCCCAAGACGUAUCUCGAGGAUCUUGAAAUUUCCCAACAUAUCACCGACUACAGUGAAACGGAUCUCACCGCCGCGCUGGCCGAUUGCGACGCAGUUGUGUGUACGCUGAGAGUCGGAGUGCCUGACUAUGUGGCAGUCCACCUGGCCAUCUUGCGGGCUUGUCAACAUUCUGCCACAUGCAAACGCUUAAUUCCAGCCACAUGGGCCGGCAACCUCGAGGAUUUCCCUGACGAACCGUUAGGCGUGGCCGAUGAGAUUCGUCUUGUUCUCAGCGCACUUAGAAGUCAACAGGACGUGAGUUGGUCAUCGAUCAGUCCCGGUUGGUACGUCGACUACAUCGUACCAGAGAAACAGCGUUUCAUGAGCAGCCUAGGCGACAUGUGGCCGCAGAAUUACGACAGAAAAACUUUUACUAUUUACGGCGAUGGAACCCAACUAGUCAACUUUACUUCCGCCAGAGACACAGCUCGCGCUACUGUCCGACUUAUCGAGCAUAACAGGGAAGACUGGGAGGAGUUUACCUUUAUUUCAGGCGCGCAAAUGACUUGGAUGGAGUUGGGCCGGUUCAUUCAAAGCCGAGACCCAGAGUAUGCAUUUCAGAAUAAGUCUCUCUCUCAGACUAUCAAGCAAUACAUAGCACAGGAGAGCCUGGAAAGCUAUGGAGCUGCCAUUCUGGAGCUUUGGGGGCACGGCGCAGGUGUUCGAUUUCCCUGGAGCAAGGUCGAGCGCCACCGCGCAAAGUUUUUCCCCGACUUGAAGUUCCGAAGCGUGCAAGAGCUAGCUGAUGAAGCGGCAUCGGAGCCCAAUAAAGUAGUGUAG